AUGAGUGCCCAACAAGAAUAUAUGCAGGAAUACAUGCAUCGAUUUAUGCCAAUGAUGCAAAUGUUUGGACAACAAAUGAUGAAUUGCCAACCACAAUUUAGAAAUAUGAUGAAUAGCGAUUCAUGCCAGUUCAGUUUCACUUCUUCAAGCACAAAAAUAACCAAAGAUGCUAAUGGAAAUAUAACAAUAGUAACAAAUGAUGAUAAUGAUGAUGAAAAUGUAUCUGAAAAUGAUGAUGAUGAAGAUGAAUACUAUGAGGAGGCCAAAGAAGAUGAUGAUGAAAAUCAAAAUUCAUUCAGUUUUCAGAGAGAAACUACUCCAAGGAGACCAGUUUAUUCUAAUAGAUCAAGAUAUGAUGACGAAUCAUCUACUUCUCAUAGACCAGCUUGUUCUAAUAGAUCAGAAGAUGACUUGCUAUCAUCAUCAGCAUCAUUGAAUAAGAUGAAAUCAACAUCAUCUACUAGCAAGCCCACAAGUUCUAAUAAAUCAAAGAUCGAAGCAUCACAACCAACAGUUAAUAAAGCAGACCUCUGCCAAUAUAAUAAAUGCACAAAUUUGCAUUCCAAAAAUUCUAAAUACUGUGAUCUUCAUAAAUGUUCAAUGUGCCAAGAUAAAAAAGUUGAUGGAUGCAGCUUUUGCAAAAAGCAUAAAUGCAAACUCUGCAACAAUUGUGUUGUUGAAAGAUGCGAAUUUUGUAGUGUCCACAAAUGCUUAUUAUGCAAAAAUAAAGUAGCUGAUAAAUGCAGAUAUUGCAAGGAUCAUAAGUGCAAACGAUGCAAUGAUCAAAAAGUGAAAGGAAGUGAUUUUUGCAUUCAACACAAAUGUAGAUUAUGCAGGCAGGGAAUUUAUAAUGACAAAAUUCAUUAUUGUUCAACUCAUCGCUGCUUAAAAGAAAAAUGUGAUAAUCCUCGUGUCAAAGGUGGAUAUUGUUCUCUUCAUGCUAAAUAA